AUGCAAGCUGACAGUUGAAAGUGUGCUUUCUCUUCACGUCAGUGCUUAACUAUAGAAGACCUGCUGGGAAACCAGGUUCUUGUAUGAAAGCUUUAUGGUAGGGGAACAUUUUAGUAAUUUUGCAGUGACAUGACAAGUGAAGGUAAAGCAAACAAGCACUUUACUGGCGAGGAAACUAUGCGGCCCAUCUAAAAACCUAUUUUUGGGAGCAAUUUAACCAUUUUUAAGAGUUACUCUUUGUCAUUAUGAGAUGUCGUCCCUAACCGCUUCGUUUGUGCAAAUUAAAUUCAACGACCUUCAGUUCUAUGAAAGCUGUGGUGGCGGAAGUUUUGGGAGUGUUUACCGAGCUCAAUGGCUGUCACAAGAAAAGGAGGUGGCUGUGAAAAAGCUUCUCAAAAUAGAAAAAGAGGCAGAAAUACUCAGCAUGCUUAGUCACAGAAACAUCAUCCAGUUUUAUGGGGCUGUGCUUGAACCUCCUAAUUACUGCAUUGUUACAGAAUAUGCUGCUGGCGGAUCGCUAUAUGACUACAUCAAUAGUAACAUGAGUGAAGAAAUGGACAUGGAGCAUAUCAUGGCCUGGUCGAUGGAUGUAGCAAAAGGAAUGCAUUAUUUGCACAUGGAAGCCCCAAUACGAGUCAUUCACAGAGACCUCAAGUCCAGAAAUGUUGUUAUAACAGCCGAUGGCAUAUUAAAGAUUUGCGAUUUUGGGGCUUCAAGGUUCCACUCGCACACGACGCACAUGUCCCUUGUAGGGACCUUUCCUUGGAUGGCCCCAGAAGUAAUUCAGAGUCUUCCUGUAUCUGAAACAUGUGACACGUAUUCAUAUGGCGUGGUUCUUUGGGAAAUGCUAACAAGGGAAGUUCCUUUUAAAGGCUUGGAAGGGCUGCAAGUAGCUUGGCUUGUUGUAGAAAAAAACGAGAGAUUAACUAUUCCAAGCUCUUGUCCCAGAAGUUUUGCGGAACUAAUGCGCCAGUGUUGGGAUGCCGAUUCAAAGAAAAGACCAUCGUUUAAACAGAUCAUUUCCAACCUGGAGUCCAUGUCCAAUGACAGCAAACUUCCCGACCAGUGUAAUUCAUUUUUACAUAACAAAGCAGAAUGGAGAUGUGAGAUUGAAGAAACAUUGGAAAGGCUGAAGAAACUGGAGCGCGAUCUCAGCUAUAAAGAACAAGAGUUAAAGGAGCGCGAGAAACGUUUAAAAAUGUGGGAGAAAAAGCUCACGGAACAGUCUCACACGCCUCUGCUGCCUUCUUUUGAUAUUUGUUCAUGGACAGAAGAAGAUGUGUACAUGUGGAUGCUGCAACUGAUCAAGACAGAUGAUGCAUCCAUGUUGCAGAGUAUUUAUGCCACCUUGUUCAAAGAGCACCACAUUACAGGCAAAAGGCUGCUUCUUUUGGAAGAAAUGGAUUUGAAGGAUAUGGGCAUAGUCUCCAAAGGGCAUAUUAUUCAUAUAAAGACAGCAAUUGAAAAGUUAACUCAUGACUACCUGAAUCUUUUUCAUUUCCCUCCACUAAUCAAGGAUCUAGAAUUUGAAAACAAAGAAGAAGAAAAAAAUGUGAACCUAGAACUCGUUUUUGGAUAUCAUCUGAAGUCAGGAAAUAGUCCAGAGGACUGCAAAUGGAAAAUGUACAUGGAGCUAGACGGUGAUGAAAUUGCUAUAACAUAUAUUAAAGAUGUCAUGUUCAGCAGAAGCCACUCAGAUGCAGAGAUUCUAAGAAUGACAAAACCACCGUUCGUAAUGGAGAAAUGGAUAGUAGGCAUAACAGAAAAUGAAACUGUUGAGUGUUUGGUGACGUAUGAGAACGAUGUCAGGACUCCAAAAUUAACAAAGCACAUUCACAAAAUUCAUUGGAACAAGAUGAAAAUGCAAGAUGCCGUGAAGUCAGUCCAACUUGCAAUAAAGCCAUCGCUAGUAAACUCUGAAAGCAGGCCCAGCAACAAUUCCAGUGUCGACUGUGAGUGGAUAUACACACUGAGAAAGCGCCAGUUGGCCAUACACACGUCUCCUCAGCGUGCACCGGGCAUUCCUUGUUCUCAGUCCUCCAGCUUAACCAACCUAUCUCAAAUAUUACCAUAUCUUCACAACCAAGAAUCUUAUGCUGCUGCCGUAAGACGAACACGUGUCAGUACGACUUUACAAGUUACUCCCAUCAAUUAUUCUCGUAGUUCUUCACCAACACAAUUUGGACUGGCUAAAAAUAUGUCAUCCUUGUCUAUCCAAAGUUCCAAAUGCAGCAGUGCCUCGAGUACAGCUUCUGAUAGCCCUUCCGAGAGAGAGAAAUCAAGGGUCAACUCUAGGUAUCACCACAAUGCCCACAGCUCCAUCCAAAGGAGAAGUGGUGGAAAAAGCCCACAAGCCAGCACAGGAAAGUAUUACCGGCUUCCCCAAAUGACACGGGAUAAUCAGACAAGGUCCCAUGAACACAGGUCAAAUAGAACUGGCCACUACCAAAGCAGACACAUACCUGGAAUGCCAGUGAAAACAGAACCCACCACGUCUUCCAAUGGAGAAGACAACAAGGGUAAUAAUGAUAAUGGAUGGGUAAAAGUGGAAUAUUCAAAAAAAGGUCAUAAGCAUACCGGAGUAUCCAAGUCGAAACCUAAGGCAUUCGGACGUAAAUCACAAUAAUAUGUAAAAUAAGGGCUAUUAUUUAUUAAAAUAUACACUAAUUUAAUUAGGUUUAAUGCAAUCAAAUGUGCAAUGGGAUACACAUUUUCUUUUUAUAUCUAUAUUUUUACUUACCAUUGAAGUGUUUCUAUAAAAUUGUAAUUUUUU